AAGUAAAGCUACUGCCGCCAACCGAACUACAGCUACAUCUACAACUACAACUACUACACCAACCCCCACGCCACCAACAACUACUGUUGUCCAUCGACCCACCGUACCUGUAUCUACCCGGACGAAUCCAAGAGUGCCGAAGUACCCCAUCCGAUCCKCGCAUCCCAUACACCCACACCGCGUCGAACUAAAUUGUAUCACGACGACAUGAAUCCGCAAACAAAACUGGCACUCGUCGCCCUCUUGGCCCGGGCCGGAUCCGCGCCCUACGCCGAUGCCUUUGUCCCCGCGUCGCUGACCGUUCCAGCCGGCCCCGCGCGAUCGACAAGUGUGACCGCCAAUGCCAAUGCCUUGGCGAACCUGAACCUGGAUCUGAAUCCGCGUUCUUCCCCUUCGUCGGCCCUGAACAUGUCCUCCGGAUCGUACCUUGGAAUGGACGACGACGAGGAUGAGGACGACGAUGACGACGACGACUACGAUCUCUCGUCGCGAUUCGGCGAGGUGAGAAGCCCCUUUACCGGCCUGGUGCUCGACCCAGACGACCCCAAUCCCCUGAUCAAACCCCGGCCCAGCCGGUACUUCCGAAACGAAGACAAGGAAAWGGACCGAAUCCCCGACGACCAGCUGGUCCAGAAAAUGUCUCCGGAGGAGCGCAAGGAAAACCUGACCGUGAUGCGGCARAUCCGCAAGUCGGACCUCCCCGACCUCCGCCUCCGCAAGGACUACGCCGGGUGGGUGGAAGCCAACAACGACCUCAAGAGACGCACGGUCCGCGAUCCCUGGUUYGGCGUCAACGAGCGCCUGCGGGACGCCAUCCAGAUGGGCGAGCCGCAGGAGAAGGUGGAGCACCUGAAGGACCUGGCCAAGAAGCUGGGCGGCCCCCCGCCGGACGUCGAGAUGAACGAGAAGGCCUACGCCCUCCACACGGAGAUCUACGACAUUGGCAUCUCCCCCGCCCGGGCCGCCCGGAUGGUGGAAGAAGAGAUGCGCCUCGAGCGCGUGGCCCGGGGCCGCGCCAUGAUGGCCGAGCGCAUCAAGAACGAGGAGAAGAAGAAGCAGCAGUACGAGGAGGACAUGCAGAACCCCGGGGCCAAGGAGGAGCGRGAGGCCAAGGAGCGCCGAGAGCGCACCAUGCAGCGCAUCAUGGGCGAGAUCGAGGAGGACCGCAAGAAGCAGCGCGARCGGGCCAAGGAGAUCCUCGGCAAGUACCCCGACGCUCCCAACUCGAGGCACGAGCUUAUGCAGAACGCCCUCAAGGCCGCCCAGGACGACGUCAAGGCGGCCCGCCGCAGGCAACUCGGCCUGGGAAAGAAGGGAGUCGCCUCGACCGACGAUGCUAGCACGGGAGACGCGGCCUCGGGAGGGGGAAGCGCCGCCAGGGCACGGGAGGCCGCCGCCGCCGAAGCCGCGGGAGGAAGGCCCCGUCUGCCGGGUGACGAGGACGUGAUCCGCGGAGAGAUCGACGUGCCCGUCGAGUCCUCCUCCAGCACGGCCACCGGGCCCCUCACGGUCGAGGUCUCCUCCGUCUACAACAAGGAGCAGUCCGACCCGCCCAUGCGCAAGCACUGCUUCCAGUACACGAUCAAGAUCACCAACACAUCUCCCACGGACACCAUCCAGCUGSUGGGCCGCCGCUUCGAGAUCCAGACCGUCGGCUCCUCCAUGAAGGACGUCGUCCAGGGAGAGGGCGUCACCGGACGCACCCCGGUCCUCAAGCCGGGCGAGGUCUUUGAGUACACCUCCACCGCCCCCCUCUCGGUCCGCCCCAUCGGAACCACCAUCGUCGCCGCCCGCAUGAAGGGCGAGUACCGAUACGAGAUCCUCCCCGAGGGACAGACGACCGCCUCGGACAYGCAGACCGAUACGGCCAGCAACGAAACGGCCGAGCUCGGCGUCUUUCACUUUAUCUUCCCCGAGGACCAGCGGGUCAAGCCCUACCGGGCCGAGGAAGACGAGGAGGAGGACGAAGACGAGGACGACGAGGAAGACACCAAGGCCGCGGUGGCUCCGGAAGCCCCCAAGAAGGAGGCCAAGUCGUCCAAGUCCCCCUCCUCGACACUCCCCGGUGACGACGACAUGAAGACCGGAAACAUUUCCGUCCCUCUCAACGACACCUCCGAGGUCGUCACGGACAGCGUCCGGGUCGCCCUCAAGUCCUCCUACCGCCCGGAGCGGUCCGAGUCCAGCCAGGACAAGUACUGCUUUGCCUACAGCAUCCGCAUCACGAACGAAUCCAGCAACCCCAUCCAGCUGGUCUCCCGCCGCUUCGAGAUCCAGUCGGUCGGCCUCCCCCACAAGGACGUCGUCUCGGGCCCCGGCGUGACGGGCCGCCAGCCGAUCCUCAAGCCCGGGGAGUCCUUCGAGUACACCAGCACGGCACCCCUCAACGUCAAGCCCAUGCUGGACAAGACGCCCGUCCUGGCACGCAUGUCCGGGGAGUACAACUUUGUCAUUCUCGGCGAGGACGGGACGACCCCCCUCAGCUCGAACCCCCUCCAGGCCAAGCUCGGCCUCUUUCACUUUAUUCUUCCGGCCCUGAGCACCUCCUAGGCGAUGCACGCUGCACCCAACCUACGACACGUUACUUCUACUUUUGUGGUGCGACUGGAUACGAAAGGAUAGGAUAGGAUAGGAUAGGAUGCAACAUGCGAUGCGAUUCGAUGCGAUUUCGUUUUCGAUGAGUCGGAAGGCUUGCCGCGACAAACACUGACAGUGCCACUUCGGGGUGGGACGAUUACAACUACUACACUACUUGCUACAAGUUUAUAUGAUACUUUUUUAUAAUUGACGCGAAUUUGUUCCUUCAUUCAUUGCCUUUUUUUAACAGCUAGUUUUCGGGACACCAGUACUCAAGGUUUCUUCUCGAUCUACCACAGGUGUUCGUAUCGUACGAAAAGGGGAUUUUGUUUCAUAUUAGACGUUUUCUUAGAGUUAGGGAUAACACUAUAUUUGGUAGGAAUCAAGCAAUCUGAUUGGCUAAUUAGACAGAUCAAAAUUAUCGAAACUGUUUUUGGCACACGCAACAACGUUUCACAACCAGAAGGACCCUGCGAAUUCUAAAACUGUAUUUUGAUCUAUCUUAUUAGCCAAUCAUAUUGCUCGAUUCCCACCAAAUUAUAGUAUUAUCCCUAACUCCAAGAAAACGUCUAAUAUGAAACAAAAUCCCCCUCCGAACACCUGUGCUACGGUACACAAUACUGUACGGUACUUUGAACCAUACUUUUUGCGUACGUACAUACCGUACCACAAUAAAAGGGGUCAUAAAUUUAAUAUAUGACC